AUGUAAGGUUUGGUGCAGCGUUCUAUGCAUUCAUAAUUAUAUAGCAUUUGCAUUCGCACCCUACCCUUCUCUUGGCUUCCCCACCCUUCUCCUUCUUAGCAUCUGUCCCUUUGUCUCCUCCAAAUCCACACACAGCCAAAAUCCAUAUCCUGUUCAUACAUCUCCCCACUCUCCACGUGCACUCCUCCGAUCCUCAAACAAAAUCCCACUGGAAUUAUUCAUGAUCAAUCCGUGCUGCCCUCCAAAACCUCUCUAUGCACAUUCUUUGUUUGAAUCCUCUGGAAACUGCUGCACCCCCGCCAUUACCAUGCAAACUCACAACCCAUAUGUUUCUACCAGCGACAGCCUCUGCAAUUUCGGAGCUGAUGAAGAAGACGAUGAAUAUUGCUCCACUUUGCUGUCUCUUUGCCCUCCCGGUCAGCACCAGCGUCGGAAGUACAACCGGAGCUUCGCGGCGUACAAGCACGCCCAGAAUUUGGAAAACCCUAAUGGUGAGGAGGAAGAGGAGAACAAUGGUGUGACAGUGGCUCUCCAUAUUGGCCCACCGGAUGCUGCAGCUUCAGGGAACCCUAAUGAAAUGGCGGGUCUUGCACAGGGACAAUAUUGGAUCCCAACCCCGGCACAGAUCCUUGUUGGUCCCACGCAGUUUUCCUGUUCUGUGUGCAGCAAAACCUUCAAUAGAUACAACAAUAUGCAGAUGCAUAUGUGGGGGCAUGGUUCGGAAUACAGAAAGGGCCCUGAAUCUCUCAAGGGAACGAAGCCAGCGUCGUCAAUUUUGAGGCUGCCAUGUUACUGCUGCGCGGAGGGAUGUAAGAACAACAUAGAGCAUCCGAGGUCGAAGCCAUUGAAGGAUUUCAGGACGCUUCAGACCCACUACAGGCGGAAGCACGGAAACAAGCCGUUCGGGUGUCGGAAAUGCGGGAAGCCAUUUGCGGUGAGGGGAGACUGGCGCACGCACGAGAAGAAUUGCGGGAAGCUGUGGUUUUGCAUCUGCGGGUCGGAUUUCAAGCACAAGAGAUCGCUCAAGGAUCAUGUUCGGGCAUUCGGACAAGGCCAUGCCCCGCACAACGAAAAUUUGUACUCUUAUAGUGAUCACCAUGGCACGUUUGCAUUGGACGAAGAAGAACUCGAGGAAGAGGAGGAGGAUGACGAAGAGGGAAGCUAGGUAGCUGGCUAGGUAGGUAGGGAUCUUUUCUAAUUAAUUAGUUCCAGUGUCAAUUCUCUGUAUCUUACCAACUGGGGAUGAUUAGUGGUGACUGUUUUGGCACUUAGCGUGUGUCUGUCUGCGUUUUAUGGAGGAGAGUGAGAGAGGGGGAGAGAGAGAGGGAGAGGGAGAGGACAAAUAGGAUAGUGAAAGCCAUGGUCGUAUGCAUUAAUGUUAGAAGUGGCAGUUCAAUUAAUUACCAUCUGAUUAAAGCGAGAUCUUGAAUUCCAGCUCCGAUUCAAAUAAAUGGAAGAAAUGGAAGAGAAAGUGAGAGGGAGGGGAGUGCAUAUAUGAUUUAUGA